AUGCAGGUCUACGUGCGCGUGCGCAAUGCUGGAAGCAGCUACGAGUGGUCACGUGGCCGCGUGCUACGUCGUGUGCAAAACUCCGCGUCUCACGUGCUCGUACGGCUUCACAACAGCGAAGACACUGUCGAGGUGGAUGAAGUUGAAGACGUGCGCAUGACGAACGAGUUGGCGGCUGGAGAGACGCUGGCGGAAGUACAAGAGCUCGACGCGCUUGCGCACUUGCACGAGCCUGCGAUUGUGGAGUAUCUGGCGCAGCGCUACGGAGUGGACCAAGUGUAUUGCAGGUCAGGUGCGGUUUUGAUUGCUGUGAACCCAUUCAAGGACAUCUCGGGCCUCUACGACCUGCACAAGUUCCGUACAGAGAUGUCUGGACACACGUCGCUGCCUCCCCAUGUGUUUUCGAUUGCUGAGGGCGCCUUUCGGUCGUUACAGCGGCAGUUACAGGAGUCUGGGGCGAAGAAGCAGAAUCAGACGAUCUUAGUGAGCGGCGAAAGUGGCGCGGGAAAGACCGAGACGACAAAAUUCAUCAUGAGUUAUCUGGCAGAAAGCAGUCGAGAUAAGGUCUUGAUGAGUAGCAGCAAGAGCAAGCAGGCGAUUGGCGGCAGUGAAUUGGUAAGCGCGAACCCGAUCCUCGAGUCUUUUGGCAAUGCCAGAACACUGCGUAACGACAAUAGCAGUCGCUUUGGAAAGUUCUUACGCAUGUUCUUCGACCUAGAUGGUGACGGACAUACAAUGGAUGCACCGCUGACGAUGGUAGGCACAUCGGUGGAGACGUACCUUCUGGAAAAGGUCCGUGUGGUGCACCAGACCGAUGGCGAGCGUAAUUUCCAUGUGUUCUAUGAGCUGCUUGCUGGUGCAGAUGACGAACUGAAAAACAAGUUGCAUCUUGAAAGUAUGUCAGCGCGUGAUUUUCAGUACACAAACGAAGGACGGUGUUUUCGGAGAAACGAUGGUGUCCGUGAUGAUAAGCAGUUUCAGCUGAUGAUGCGAUCGAUGAAAGUUCUCGGUUUUACCGAUGUCGAGCAGGAAGCAAUUUGGAAAAUCUUGAGUGCACUGCUACAUCUCGGCAACGUCUCGUUUGUUCCUUCGAGUGAAGAUGAGAAGAACGGGAUGGAGUCAGCACCGUGUUGGCUUGCAUCCAGCUCGCCGUCUUCGCUUACGGUACAGGAGCACCUCGAUGCUGUGUCGAAGCUCUUUGCUGUAGAUCAAGAAGAACUGGUAUCAGCAUUGACCACGCGAAAAAUCAGUGUUGGCGACGAAACGUUCCACGCGAAUCUGAGUCUUGCGCAAUGCGGAGAUGCUCGGGACGCAAUGGCCCGCUCAUUGUAUGCUUUUUUGUUCCAGUUUCUGGUUGCCAAAAUAAACUCGGCUUCACCACAAGUCGAUCAAGCUGCUAGUGCUGCGAGUAAGGAAGCUUCAACAGCAAUACCAUGCAUAGCAGUCUUGGAUAUAUUUGGCUUCGAAGAAUUUGAGGUCAAUCAGUUUGAGCAAUUUUGCAUCAAUUAUGCAAACGAAAAGUUGCAGUAUCAGUUCAUCCAGGACAUUCUUCUGACUGAGCAGCAAGCUCAUAUCGGGGAGGGUAUUCGGUGGAAAGCUGUUGACUACGAAGAUAAUCUUGUAUGUCUAGAGAUGAUUGAGCAGCGACCGAGUGGCAUUUUCUCAGUUCUGGAUGAGGAAUGUGUUGUUCCAAAGGGCAGUGAUGCAGGCUUUGCUCGGAAGCUGUAUCAGCGACUGCACGAUCACUGCAGCUUCAGCGCUUCCCGAUCCGAGCAGGCCGAAUCCACCUUUCAAGUCCAUCACUACGCAGGCAAUGUACAAUACCAAGCAGAGGGAUUUUGCGAGAGAAACAAGGACCAGCCGAAUGCAGAGCUGUUUGGCGUUUUGGAGAAAUCCAGUGACUCACACUUGCGCGAGCUGUUCAACUUUUUCGAAGCCAGUGAAUCAGCACAGCUUCAGCUGGGUCUGCCCAAGUUGAGGCGGAGAUCCUCAGCUCUCACAUCUGCAGGCAUCGGGUCCCAGUUCAAGCAGCAGUUGGCAAGUUUGCUGGAUGUCGUCCAGCAGACGCAAACGCACUAUAUUCGAUGCAUUAAGCCAAACAACACGGGUGCAAGUAACGAGUUUGAUAUGGCAAAAGUGUCAAGUCAAUUGCGAUACGGCGGUGUACUGAAGGCGGUGGAAAUCAUGCGUCAGUCUUUUCCCGUGCGCGUGGGCCAUGCCGACUUCGUCGAACGUUAUCGAAUGCUGGUGGCUACGAAGCCGAGUAAACAUUACAGGCCUGCCCCAGGAUAUACCGCUGCGACUUUAUUGGCAGCCAUGAAGAUCGACCAUGCUGAGCUGGGUAAGUCCCGUGUGUUUUUACGACAGCAAGCUUUUGAUCGAUUGGAGAAAGAACGCGAGCACGUUAUUGCGAUAUUAGUAACGAAGUUGCAAAGCUCGUGGCGCAGCAGACAGCAGCGCCGAGUGUACACCAGACAACUGCAUGCCCUGCGUACAACUCAAGUGCGAUGGAAGGCUAUUCUGAAAAAGAAGCGCCACGUUGCUCGACGCAACGAAGCAGCAAAAGCACUCCAGCGUGCUGUGCGUGCCUGGCUGAGCAGGAUCGAGACGUGUCGAUGUCAGAGCGCAUUGCUCAUCCAGCAAAGUUUUCGCCGAUGGCUCUGUGCGCGCAUGGCGUUAUUGAGAGGUGCUGCCUCGGCUGAGACUUUUGACAAAGCCUUGGUGGAUCCGUGUGGCUGCGGUGGUCGUGAAAGUGAGCGUACAGUCGAAACUUUGGAAGAAGACGACGUGCUUUCGAUCGCAACUGCAUCAGCUGGAACAAGCGCGUACUCCGAGGAUGUCGAUUUUCUCUCAAUGGGUGCGGUGCCGAGAGCAAGUCUUCGUGGCAGCAUGACGGAAUUCGGCAGCGGAACUGGUGGAGAGAAUGCUAUGCUCAAGAAGGCCUUGAGGGAGGUCGAAAGGCUUCGUCGCCGAGCAGAAGUUGCUGAAGCUGCGCUGUCACAUUUUGCCGGACGGGAUGUUGAUCCUGUCUCCAGCGACGCUGUAUCCAUCGUUGCGACUAGAGCUAUGUCGCACGCAGACGGGGCGCUUGGUUUCCCGCAGUACGGUCGUCGUGCAAGCGAUAGCGGCGACUUUGUGUGGCCUCAGCUCAGCAUGUCGAAUCUCAGAACUGAUCGAUACGGUAACACUGUAUUGCACCAGGCCGUGGAGGGCGGCAACGUGGAGCUGGCGUGUGCUCUUCUUGUCAAUGAAGCAAGUGGGGCGCUUGACAUGCUGCAACAAGCCGAAACGCAGCGUGGCUUCUCGCCGUUGCAUCUUGCUGUUCGCAGUGGCAACAUCGAAAUUGUGAGCCUCUUUUUCCGUCCUGAGGUGUUACCCCAUCUCGACUUGAAUUUCAGAGAUCGAGAGGGAAACACGGCACUGCAUUUGGCCACACAGCUCGAGAUCAAAUUCGCGUCUCGCGUCCUGGAGCUAUUGCUGUGCUUUGGCGCUGACGCCAAUGCGGCCAACUUUCUGAAACAAACGCCACUGCAUCUCUGUGCAAUGAUCAAGCGCAACGGCGUGGCAACGUGCGAGCUCAUGGAGACACUUUUGCGACACAAAGCGGAUCCGCAGAAGGUCGACUUCCUCAAGCGCUCACCUUUGCACUAUUGCAUGGAAAAAGGAAUGGACGACGAGGCGAUAUUGUUGAUGAAGCAUGGAGCGGACAUGAACAUACCCGAUGCGGAUGGCACGCGCGUUAUAGCGAAUCCGAAAGCCACUGGUCUCUUGCGGUAUCUGCGCGUGACGCCGUCGUGGAUUUCGGACACUGACAUACCCGCGUGUAUGGUUUGCCUCGAGCCAUUUCCCUUCUUCUUUUCGCGCAAGUGCCAUUGCGACCGCUGUGGUCGUGUGUGCUGCUCGGACUGCGCGCCCUCGAGUUCGUCCUGGAACGGCCGCUUCUGCUUUGACUGCAAACACUACGCCCACUACUCGUGA